CGAAGACACAAUAAAAUGUACAAGUUUAUGGUUUACUUGACAUAGUACGGUAUAGAUGUAUAGUAAACAGUCAUAGGUUGAAAGCUGGUAAACUGAACUAUGACCAGCUACAAAGUUGACGGGAUGGGAGGUGGAAGCUUUGAUUCUCUUUCUAAAAAUAGAACCAAGUUAGCAGUAGGAAUAGUCGCCGUCAUUUUUUUGGCAUUGGUUAUAACUAUUAUUGUUUUGGCAACAAAUGAUUCAGACUCUGUGAGUUCAGAUCAAGGAUCGUCUGGCGGGUUACACACGCCUAACUGUGUUACCAACCCCGGAUCAGCCACGCCCAAUUUGGAUAUAGCAAACUGUGUUCUUGAUAGUUAUCCUCUGAUAGAUGGACACAACGAUUUGGCUUGGCAGUUUUAUAAAAAUGAAAACAACUCUGUUUACAACAUCGAUCUGAAGGACAAUUUGAAGGAAGUAUGGAAAGGAAAAGUCACACACACAGACAUUCCAAGAAUAAGAAAAGGAAAACUCUCAGCACAGUUUUGGGCAUGCUACGUGUCCUGUGAUUCUCAGUAUAAGGAUGCCGUCAGCAAGUCACUGGCGCAGUUAGAUACCAUUAAGAAGUUUGUCCAUAGAUACCCAGACACAUUUACAUUCGUAACCUCUGCUCAAGGUAUACUUGAUGCCUUCAGAAACGGAAAGGUAGCAAGUCUCGUUGGACUAGAGGGAGGUCACUCAAUAGACAGUAGUCUUAGUAACCUAAGACUGUUUUAUGAACUUGGUGUCCGCUACAUGACAGUUACACAUAGCUGUAAUACGCCAUGGGCAGACAACUGGUUGGUAGAUCAAGAUGGUAAUCCUGAAUUUAAUGGUUUGACAGAGUUUGGAAAGAUAAUAAUUAAAGAAAUGAACAGACUAGGAAUGUUGAUAGAUUUAUCGCAUGUGUCACGUGAUACCAUGAUUGACGCCUUAGAAAUCACAACUGCGCCUGUGAUAUACAGUCACAGCUCAGCUUUUGUCAUCUGUAACCACUAUAGAAACGUGCAGGAUGAUGUACUUCAGAAAACGAAACUUAACGGAGGCGUGGUAAUGGUAAAUUUCUACGAUAAAUACGUAAACUGUCCGCCUAAAAACCAAUCUGUGGCAACGUUAAGUCAGGUUGCAGAUCACAUUGAUUAUAUAAAAGAUUUGAUCGGAGUCGAUUAUGUCGGAAUUGGAGCUGAUUAUGAUGGUGUUCCAACCGUACCAGUGGGAUUACAGGAUGUGUCCACUUAUCCAGAUCUUUUUGCUGAACUUGUCAAACGCGGUUGGUCUCAACCGGAUCUCAGAAAGCUGGCAGGACAAAACCUUAUAAGAGUAUUUACAAAAACAGAACAGGUUCGUGAUAAUUUAUCUUACAUGCCGCCAUACGAAGACUUAUUGCCAGCAGCAGAAGCAAGAAACACAAGUUGUUGGUCGUAAUGAUGUGUGAUGAAUAAUUUUUAUAAUGCAUUUGUAUGAUUUUUUAUAGAACAAUAAGCGAAAUUUAUACUUUUUUUUUAUUUUUAUGAUUGUAUACAUAAUUGACAAAAACAUGCAAAUAUAUGUGACUAGUCACGAAAUCUUCAG